GGUUCCGUUUGUCUGCUGCGAGUAUCCGUAGUUCCCUGGAUUUGGGAAGUUCCAAGGUGGGCGUCUGGUCAGCUAUUGUGUUGCCCGAUGCCCACGCUAACGGGCACAUUUUUGCUGGGUAAUCUUGCUUUCACUUGCUGUGGGCUACUCAAAACAUAACCAAGACCAGCCCCCUUCCUGCGUCUACCUAACUACCGAUUUUAAUAACGGAAAGACGCGUAUUUUAUCAGGCGGUUCGUCAUCUGCAUGUUUUGCCCCGGAAGAACGCUCAGUUCCAGCAUCGUAUUUUCACGCCAGUUUCUGUCCGACGCAAAGGUGACAGUUCUGACUUUAGAGGAAUACCUGGAUACAUGCGUAGAGCGAUUUUCUGCGAACUGCAAUAGCAAACGAUCGGAAUCAUAUCGAUCGUUUCAGGUAGUGCGUGGGAGCUAAAUGAUGAUCGCUAGCCACCUAGCUAGCUCUGGAAAAUAAGCUGUGAAGUCAGCUGCUAGAUAACGCUUUGCCCGUUUAUCUGGCCUGUGAGUGGCAGACCCUGGAGUAAGAUCGGGGGUAUUUCGUCGAGCUGGUGCUGAAACAGACCCCGAGAUGUCGGACGCCAUCCUCGCUUUUCAGUCCCAGCUCUCGGGGGUCAUGGAGACGGUGUUCAAAGCGGCCAUGUACGAGAUCACCCGGCUGGUGGAGGACAGCUUCCUGGAGGAAGUGUCGCGGAGCAGGGAGCAGGUGGAGACGCUGAAGCAGAGGUUACAGUGGGCAGAGACGCGGCGGAGAGAGAGGGAGGGUGUGCGGGCGAGGUGUGCGGACUGCGGCCGUGCGAGAGCUCCGGGGGACGGAGGCGAGGGCAGAGCGGCCGGAGCUGAGUCCGCUGUUGACGAGGGCCGUGGGCUGAAGCAGGAGAGGGUUCUGGGAGGAGACUGGAGCAGCUGUCCGGGGGAAGCAUCGAACCCGGGACCCCUGAAUGCCCCGGAGGAAGCAACCACGCCCAGCCCUGUCGGAGUGCCGGCAGGGUACACGCAAACACAGACCGAUUUGGACGGGGACAGACUGGACGCCAUGCUGAAAGAGGAGAGCCUGCAGGCGGCCGCUGAGUGCUGCGACCUCCAGGAGCGGUGGAGAGCGUGUCUGGAGGGACAUGAAGGAGGCGACGGACUCACCGCAGAUGGGGGUUUCGGGGAGUGGGGCUCCAGCCUGGGGCCAGACACGGACCCUGCACACGAUGGAGACACAGAGGAGAUCUCGCAGGAGUACAGGAGCCGCUAUGGCGGGAUGGAGGAGCUCAGUGGCCUGGAGCCGGCGCCCAAGAGCGAGUACAUCGCCCAGAUGCUGGGCUCGGGGGAGCUGGACGAGCAGGGCCUCGAUGACUCGCUCCUCCGAGCGGGCGGACAGCUGGGGUUCGGGGCGGCAGGUCACGCCCCCGCCGAGCUGGACCCGGCUGGAGUGGCUGACGUCCCUGUUCACCCGCUCAUUCCGCGGGGAAAGAGGACUGCGUUCGCUGACCGACAUCCGUCCCCGCCAGGGUCUCCGCGGGACAGCGCAGAUGUCGACGAACUGGACUGUCUUCUGAUCAACGAAGACGGGUUUCUCCAGGACACGGACGGGCGGUACCAGGUGCAGCGUAGAGGCAGGAUGAGGACCAGAGGGGAGCAGCGAGACCUGGGGGCAUGUGGCAACCAGCUGCUGCCAGCAGAGGGAGACCAUGAGCUUCAGCCCCAGGGGGAGACCUUUGGCAUCUCGCUCGCCUCUGACAUCCUCCAGCAGAGUCAGAAGGGACAGAGACGGUACAGCUGUACCCAGUGCCAGGUGAGCUGCCCCGACCUGGCGAGCCUGAAGGCUCACCUCCUGACGCAUAAGGCGGGGUCUGCGUACACCUGCACCCAGUGUGGAAAGAGCUUCACGCAGGCCUGCAACCUGAAGGUCCACCAGCGCAUCCACUCAGGCGAGGGCCUGCACCUCUGCAGCCACUGUGGGAAGGGUUUCAUUUCUUUUGCUGACCUAAAGAGGCACAAGUGCAGUCACACAAGUGAGAAACCGUACUGCUGCACACUUUGUGGGAAUAAAUUCAGCCGAUUAUGGAAUCUGAAACUGCACCGACGGAUUCAUACGCAGGAGAAACCCCACCGUUGCAAUCAGUGUGGGAAGAGUUUUACCCGGGCAGACAUUUUAAAGGUUCACCAGCGUACUCACACAGGAGAGAGACCAUACUGUUGUACUGUUUGCGGCCUGAGCUUCAAGCGACUAGACCAUUUGAAGUCACAUCAACGCAAACAUAGUUAAGAUUCAGUGUUUUGUAAAUUUGCGCAAAAAAGGAAAAUUAUGUAUUUUGUUCUUGUAAGGUUUUGAUGAAAAAUUUUCCAGAUAUUGACAAAUUAUGGUGUACCA